AUGGCUCGAGAGAAGAUUCAGAUCAGGAAAAUCGAUAACGCCACUGCCAGGCAGGUGACUUUCUCCAAGCGAAGAAGAGGGCUUUUCAAAAAAGCUGAAGAACUCUCUGUUCUUUGUGAUGCCGAUGUUGCUCUUAUCAUCUUUUCUUCUACCGGCAAGCUUUUUGAGUAUUCCAGUUCUAGUAUGAAGGAAAUACUCGAGCGGCACAAAUUACAUUCGAAGAAUCUUGAUAAGUUGGAGCAACCUUCCCUUGAGUUGCAGCUGGUAGAGAAUUGUAAUUUCUCCAGAUUAAGCAAGGAGAUUGCUGAGAAAAGCCAUCAACUCAGGCAGAUGAGGGGAGAGGAACUUCAAGGUUUAACUAUUGAAGAUCUGCAGCAAUUAGAGAGGUCCCUCGAAGCUGGAUUGAGCCGUGUAAUUGAGAAAAAGGGUGAAAAAAUUAUGAAGGAGAUCAAUCACCUUCAGCAAAAAGGAUUGGAACUUAUGGAAGAAAAUGAGCGUUUGAGGAAUCAGGUAAUGGAGAUAUCAAAUGGGCGCAAGCAAAUUGCGGGAGCUGAUUCCGAUAACAUUUUGUGCGAGGAAGGGCAGUCAUCGGAAUCAGUCCCCAGCGUCUGCAACUCGGCUGGUGCUCCACAAGACUACGACAGUACUUCUGAUACUUCCCUCAAGUUGGGGUUGCCAUACUGUGGAUGA